CAAAAUGUCACAAAUACCACUAUCUAAAUAUCAUUUGCUUACUAAAAUUGGUUAGGGUCUCUACGGUGACGUUUAUAAAGCCAAAGUCUUAGGAACUGAUUAAUAUGUGGCAGUAAAGAAAAUACGCAAUUAUGUAUUAUGAGGCAAAUUAUAGAAGGAUAUUUCGGUUGGAGUGCCUGUAACAGCCUUACGAGAAACAUCGCUCCUACAACGCAUUCAACAUAAAAAUGUAGUCAAGUAGUUCAAAAUCAGUAUAUUUUAGAAUCCUUGAUGUUGAAAAAAUACAUGGUCAAAUAAGAGUGAUAAUGGAGUACUUGAAAUUGGAUCUGUAACAAUACUUGGGUGAGAAUAAGGACAGAUUAAGUCUGGGAUUAAUUAAAGUAAUGCAUUUGCUAGAAUAGAAAUUUAUGCAUGAUAUUUUAUAAGGAGUUGGAGCAUGUCAUAGAUUAAAUUGUAUACACAGAGAUAUACAACCAAAAAAUAUACUAAUUUAAGAGGAUGGUAUGGUGUCUGUUUUGAUGAAAUAAGGAACUCUUAAGAUCGGUGACUUCGGCAGUGCCAGAGCAUUUCAAAAGUGUCCAUAGUUUUUCACUUCCAAUGUCUGUGCUUUAUGGUAUCGAGCUCCGGAAUUAUUGUUGGGUUCAAAUUAUUACUCCACAGCUAUAGACAUGUGGGCCAUAGGAUGCGUCUUUGCUGAACUACUACUCAAAUAACCUUUGUUUCAAGGAGAGAAUGAGAUCCAUCAAGUCAAGUUGAUCAUCCCGAAUGCUCAAUCAUUUUAGACCGUUGUAAGUAUUACAUCCGAAAUUAGAAUCUUGCCGAUUCUGAACUACAACUAUAAUUUGACAGCAGCAUUACACAUAAACUACAAGACCUGAUAGAUCAAGACGGCUUGGAUCUGAUAUUAAAAUUGCUGAAACUAGACCCAGAGCAGAGGAUUUCCUGCUCCCAAAGUCUUUAGCAUGUAAUUGUGUUAUUUACUCUGAUAGUCCUUUUUUAGAUGAUCUAGAAUUUAUAUUUCAAAUACUAAAAUUUAUUAUUGCAUAUAUAUAUAUUUCUACCAUCUCACAAUUUUCAUAGAAUGAUAUUUGAUUUCAUUAAUGAGAAAGUUAAGAAAAAAAUCAAAGAAAUUUAAUUAAAAUGAUAAAACCAAUGAAAAUGUUCAUAAGUUAAGACAAAAUUCAUGUAUUAGAUUGAUCUAAAUAAGAUUGUACCAGACCCUCAUAUUUGUGGAUUUGACAAGUCCCUCACAAUUGAUAAAUAAACAUUUACCAUUUAGGUCAAUUCGCCAAUGAUUGAAUCAAUCUAAUAAGAAAUUGGAAUUUUUGGAAUUGUAGGGGUGUAUAGAUUUUAUGGCAAACUUAACCUACUUUAUAUUGCUGAGGCAAAUGAAGUUUGCAAAAUAAAUGGUUAAAUGAUCUAUGAAAUAAUUACGGUAUCAAAUAUUUUAUAGAAUCAAUUUUCUUCCAUGGAGUAACAAAGCAUUAAAAAUAUUGAAAACUAUUUUAGUAAAUGCACCUAUUUCUCAUUGUAAUAUGAUUUGACCAUCCCAUUGUCAUAAUAACAUCAGCCUGAAUAAAGUGAAAGGAGUCUGAGAUUUUGGUGGAAUUUUCAUGGUUAUAAAACCUUUUUGGCCAAUUCAAUUCCAAAGUGUUGGUGCAUCAAAAUAAUACAAGGCUAUGUUGGGUUGGGACUGUGCGAAAUCAAGACCUAAUAAAAACAGAAGCUGACCUAUAUUUUAAUUUCGCGAAGAGAAACUCUAAGAGGAGGCACUCGUUACAAUCAUAGAGGAUUAAAUGCUGAGGGAGCAGCUGCAAACACAGUGGAAACAGAACAAUUAGUUGAGUAUUAAGAGAAAUUGUAUUGCCAUCUGUAAAUCAGAGGGUCUGUUCCAGUGUUUUGGGAGUAGAUAGGUAUUCGUGCAAUAUCCUAAAUCACAUCAAAUACUGAAUAGACAAAAAUGGCCAUAACGAAACACCUGAUGAAUUUGAAGAAAUAUUUCGGGUCACUUCUAUUGAUUGAUCUGAUGGCUGUUGACAAACCGAAUGAGGCAAUCAUUAGUCAAACUUAUAAAGAGUACUUAUAUUGUUUAAUAUUUAGAAUGAUCAAUAUGCUCAAUCUACCCUAAAUCCAGCAUUAGCAAAUUGAUUUUAAGUAAUACUGCAAAAACUAUAAGUUUGAAAAACUCAAUCCUCUAAUUAUUUAAAAUAAAGAAAUCUUGAACUCCUAAUCCUACACUAAAUUUUAGAAUGGAAAGUUAUGUAUGUAUUUUGAUUCUUAAAUUAGUGAAUAUCUAGAAUGGGGUUGUAAGAACCAAUUGUUUGGAUUGUUUGGAUAGAACUAAUGUCUUUUAAACUAAAAUCGCCUUUUUCAUUACAAAUCUUAUAUUGAAUGAUCUUUGUAUCAAUAUACCGAAGGAAUUUAAAUGCGAAACCAUUUUAGAUUUGGUAAAAUAUGUGUAUUAAAAUGUAAGUCAGAUUAAGAGAAGGUGCAUGAUCUCAUUAAAUUGAUUAAGAUUCUAUGGGGAGAGAGUGGAGAUAAUAUUUCCAGAAUCUAUGCGGGUACCAAUUCCUCAACGACCAAAAUCCAAAAGACAGGAGGGAGUAGUUGGACUGGUAUGAUCGAACAUGGCUUAAAAGGAUUCCAGAGGUAUUAUUAUUCCCCUUAGAUGUUAGAUUUUACAACUAGAAUGUCACAGACGAGGAGAAGCAGAGCAUUUAUUCUUUCAUAGUCGGAGAGAAUCAGCAUUUAAAUAAAUAGUUUUUGGGAAUAGUGGAAUAAAUGCAAUAGCAAUCUCCCAUCAUUCACAAAAAUUUAUUGUUAAUGGUUAUCGGGUAUGAUGCUAAGGGUUAAACGAUUAAGGAUUUCUUUCAUUUAAUUGAUUCUAGAUAGUAACAUUAAUUACCACAUUUUAUAGAAUACCAUAAUUCAUAAUAGUACUGUUUCAGAACAUCGUGAAGCAAUGUUAGCCUUGCAAUUAUAUCAAAGAUUAGAUGCAAUCCACAAUUCGAUCUUAAUUAGGGCAAUAUGAAUGCGCCUUCUUUAGUUAGAAUGUAAUGAUCAUACUAUUGGCUUAUAGGAAAAAUAAUACAGUUUCAUAUUCACGAAAUAAUGUCUUUAAAAUGCAGAUUUCAAGGAUUACAUUAUAAAGUAGGAUGAUAGAGAAAUUGGAAUUGUUUAGAAUUUUAGUUAUGAGGAUCAGCUAUUUUAAGUUGUCAACCUGAAUGUUAAUUGUUAAGAAUUAUUGAUGUAUGAAAAAACGAUAAUUGAAGAGAUUAAGAAUAAGAGUGCGAAUGCUAACAUCUAGAUUCUCGGGGGGAUCUGCAAUUCGCAAAUAUUAAUCGAGGAAUCGAUUGAAGACUUUUGCAAUAAGAAUAAGAAGGACCCUAUCCCCUAAUUGUUUUUAAAAGAUUAGUUAUGCUAGUGUCUUUAAACAUCCUAGAUAUUGAAAAGCUACCAAGAAUAAAACAUUAGUUUCCUGCCCAGAAAUGGAUCCAAAAGCUGGCCAAAUAGAAUCUUAUAUGGACCAUAGGAUUCAUAGGUUGCCUUUAAUAUCUUGGCCUACGAGGAGUCAAUAAGCAAUGGGAUCAGAUUACUAAUGACAAUUGAUUUUGAAAUACUUGGGUUGACUGGAGAGAAAAUCAUAAAUAAUGAGGAGGAGGAUGAUGAUAUGACAUACUCUUAGCAAUUCUACUAAGUUACAGACGAAAAUGAUGAUUUCGAAAUAAUUACAUGAUGGUUUGACUCAAAAAUAUAUUACAAUUUUAUAUAAUUUAGAUUCA